AUGGUCUUCCAAACUCUGCCCCUGAAACUGGGCGGCAUCACACUGGCAGAAAGCGGCACAGUUGGCAUCCCGGAAACUGACAGGGAUCGGGCCUUGCCACGUGUCCCAACAUACAAUGGAAUGUGGCACGUCUGGGCGAUCAAAUUUCUCCUGAAUUUCCAGACCGUUCCUGUGUUAAAUUUCCUGGAACGUCUACCCAAUGCAGAAGGUGGGUCCUAUUUGCUUUGGGGCUGGCCGGACACUUGGCUGUCUUCGAUCAGACACCGUCACCACAGCCUCCCUUCCUAUAAAUAUUCCAAGGAUGCAGGACUGCCCUGGAUAGGCUGCACUUUGGACCACUUUCCGCCCACUCCAGACCAGCACGCAGGUGCCAGCAACGGCUCCCCGGACCCUCGUUCCCGAUGCCCUGCAGGAGCGCUCUAUUACAAACGGCGCUGCUACCACUUCCUCAGCUCUCCAGCCACAUGGGAACGAGCUGAAGUCCUGUGCCAGGCACUGAAGUCUGGGGCUCAGCUGGCAUCCGUGCUUUCUUCACAUGAGGGGGAAAUGGUGUCUUCCUACCUGAAAGCCAAGGGUGCUAGCAACGUCUGGACUGGUCUGGCAGCGACACGCAGCCAUGGAGUCAGUUCUUCCCUUCCUGCCUCCAAGCUCUUUCCAUGCAAAGGUCUGCAGUGCCAAACUGGACAGGAGAUGGGCUCUGAAGUCACAAUUGCGACCUGGCGAUCUCCCAGCAUUACAACUGAUCUCUUGCAUCGGAUGAAGAGAGCUGUGAUUCUCGAAAGCUUAUGCUACAGUAAAGCAUGGGGGCAACCCCCAAGUCCUCUUUCUUCAUGGGACGUCUUUCUUUCACCCCAACAGUACAUGGCCUGGGAAUGGAGCGAUGGAUCCUCCUACGCUUCGCCUCUCUGGGACUGCCGCAGCCUCAGCACCGCCAUCUCCGCCUACGAGUGCGUCUCCAUGGCCAAUAUCCAGAACACAAGUAUGAAAAAAAGGUUCAGGGCAGAGAAAUUAAUGUGUGGAGGGUGGCAAGUCCAUCAGAGCCCCCUGCCCUGGUUGCCAUUCAACCUCCUUGCUUUCCACCACGCCCAGAAAUGGCUGCAGCGCUCCUGUGCCGACACCUUGCCGUACCUGUGCAAAUACAGGGCAGAGUGAUUGGACCUUCCACCUGGCACUCAAGGCACAAAUGGAAGAUGUCCUUUGGUGAUCCAGGUGCUUGGGACGCUGCGGCAGUGCCAAGGGACCCGUCCCCUGCUCCUUGGUUCAAAGAUCCACCCCACACUUCAGCCAUGAGAUUCCUCCCCCCCCCCCCAUGUUUCUGCAUGAGCACAGCAAACCUAAGAAAGCGGCCUGAGACUGAGGGCCAAGCUACAAGUGAUGAAUGACACUUGAACGGCAAGUGGAGUGAGUGGAGGGCAAGUGAACAGAGAGAAAUACACUUGCUCUUCAAGUGUCAUUCAUCACUUGUAGCUUGGCCCUGAGCUCCAGGAUCUGGAGUAAAGCUGCUUCGGGCGAUACUUUAUUUUUUCUUCCUCUUCUUGCACUGUUCCUGGUAGCCCCAAUUUGAAAAGCAAUGUGGUUUGCUAAGCCGUCGUUCCACCGACAGAUAGCAAAGUUUAUACUAGGGAAAACUUUUCCAAAGGGAAACUUCAGUCAGAUUGGAAAACUAGUCCAUUUGUCUGUGAUCAUUGGGCCUCCGUGUGGGGAAAUAGAGAAUGUUGUUAUCAAGAGUGUUCAUUAAAACUGAUUGGUUUCUCCUAGUAGCUGCAAAAACCACAAUUGCACUCAGGUGGAAAUCGCAAUACCCACCCACUCUUGACAUAUGGUAUAGAAUAGUGUGGGAUCACCUUAUAAUGGAAAAGAUAACAGACAGAAUUCGAACAUUGCAAAACCCCUCCAAACCUACACAAUUUUACGCACAAUGGUACCCUUUUCUGGAAUUUUUAUCUCAGAAUGAAUGGCUGAUCUCUAAGCUACCUCACUAUGCGAUUAUAAACCCCGAAAUUUGAAUUAUGGAUUUAUUAUGCGGCGUACUGGAUGUGCCUAUACAUGCUUCUCCCGAUGCAGUUGUAAUUAGCUUGCUUAACACUGUAUUAGAAUCCUGUUGAUU